AUGAAUCUAGAUCUAAGUAGUAUCCUAAAGGGGGAGAUAUCCAAGAAGAAGAAAGAGCUGGCUCACUCCAAAGAUGCUCGGCCACCAUCCAAUGAGGAAUCUCAAGCACACGAAUGCGCAAACGUUGAUACUGGAACACAACAGACGGAACGAGAAAGUACGAAUGAAGAAGAGCUUUCCAAUAACCAGCCGAGUGAAAAUAUUACGACGACCAUUACCAAAUUAGAAAAUCGGCCAGAAAGAAUACAAGAAGCUAUAGCACAAGACAAGGCUACUUCUAUAAUUAUUGAUCCCUCACAAAUUGGUUCUAAGGAAGACAAGUUCGUUCUAUCAAUGAAAUGUAAUUUAUAUGUUCACGAAAUAUUAUCUCGUUGGAAGGCGUCCCUGGAAGAGUAUCAUCCUGAGUUGUUUCUAGACACUAAGAAAGCUCUCUUUCCACUUCUGUUACAAUUGCGAAAAUGUGAACUCCCCUCAGAUUUAUUGAUUUCCCUUGCUACAGUUCUGUACCAUUUACAACAGCCUAAAGAAACUAACUUAGCGGUGCAAUCUUAUAUGAAACUCAGCAUCGGUAAUGUAGCUUGGCCCAUCGGGGUCACUAGCGUAGGCAUUCAUGCUCGUAGUGCCCAUUCCAAAAUCCAAGGAGGUCAGAAUGCCGCUAACAUUAUGAUUGAUGAAAGAACAAGAUUAUGGAUUACUAGUAUCAAAAGAUUAAUAACUUUUGAAGAAUGGUAUGCCAAAAACCACCCUAGUUUAGUUUAA